ACAACAACCCAAAUCUGCAAUAUAUAUAAUCUUCCUAUUAACAGUCACCGCGAUAGAUUGAACUGAGAAUUCAAGAAAAAAUGAGAGGAGUUUUGUUUGGCUAUUGCAUUUUGCUGGCGCUGAUGGCAUUCCUGUCGCAAGGAUCUUUGCUCCCUCACAUAAUUGACCGUCCGGGCAGCCUACUCUCAUCGGACGGGUGGUUCUUGGACCCGUUCCGCGUGCUAGAAGAGACGCCACUGGCACUGGAGCGGGACGAGAGCUUCGCUUUGGCGCCGGCCAAAGUAGACUGGAAGGAAACGGCGGAGGGGCACGUGAUCACGCUAGAUGUGCCGGGGAUUAAGAAGGAGGAGCUGAAGAUCGAGGUGGAGGAGAACCGGGUGCUGCGGGUCAGCGGAGAGCGGAAGAAGGAGGAGCAGAAAAAAGGGGAUCAUUGGCACCGGGAGGAGAGGGUUCACGGCAAAUUCUGGCGCCGCUUCCGGCUUCCUGAGAACGCCGACCUUGACUCCGUCAAGGCCAGGCUGGAGAACGGCGUGCUCACCAUUUCCUUUGCCAAAUUGGCCCCGGACCGCGUCAAGGUCCCUAAGGUUGUGAGCAUUGAAGGGGAGAAGCCCGAAAAGAUAAGCGAAGCAGCUAAACAAGAGCUUUAAUAAUGGAGUUAUUACACCAACUGUACUCGAUCGAAUAAUUUCACUCAAUGCUGAGCUAUUUUCACUCCUAUUAAUGUAAUACAAUACAAUGUUGUAUUGUUGUAUAUGUAGUUUUGGGUGUUUGCCAAAUCAAGCAAUGAGAUAAUAUGCAAUAAAUAUUAGAGAUAACUGAUCUCAA